GUGCUUCGUAUAACAAGUCAUUCGGGGUAGGCUGUCGACAAGGUAUAUUAUUUUAGAAUAGUAUUUUACUUCCCUGUGAUCAAUAGAGGAGCGCGGUCAUACAGGAAAAUGUUCUUGAUGGUGAUGAUAGUUCUCUCCAAAUUGUAUCUGAAUUCUGCAACAGAUCCUGAAUAUCAUGUGGUGGUGAAUGAGAAUAACCAAGGACUUGUUCAACUGAUCAAUGGUUCGGAAUCAUUUACACUCUGUGGAGAUGGCUGGAAUGACGCGAAUGCCGUCGUGGUGUGUAGAAUGCUUGGAUAUACAGGCAGCGGAGCCGUUGCUCUUCAAAAUGUCACAACUGCCGAUGACAUAUGGUCUCACCAAUUUGACUGUAAUGGAAGUGAGCCGUCCCUUCACGAAUGUCCAAAAAUGACGGUCGAUAAUGUCACUGAGUGUUUAAAUCGUGGAGCACCCGGGGUGUUCUGUUUAAAGGAUCAAGUUCCAGACGAUUUCUUCAUCCUGUCCUUUCGUUCAUCUAUUGCCCGAAUGGAUCGUUCGCAUGAGAGUGUAACAGUAAUACAGUCUGGCGAGUUAGGACGAGUAAUCGCCGUCGACUAUGAUCCCAUUCAGCAUGACAUUUUUUGGACGGACAUAGUACUUAAUCAGAUUGCUAAAUGUAAUAUCAACGGCGGGGAGAAAACCAUUGUGUUUCAAGCAGGAGACGCUUCUGUGAUGGACGGUCUUGCAGUCGACAGCGAUUCCCAACUUAUUUUCUAUACAGAUACCGGAUAUGACGAAAUAGGUGUGGUACACAUGGGCUCGUGGGAAAGAACUGUAGUAUUUAAUUCCUCGUUAGUAGAACCGCGGAAAAUCGUCUUCGACUCCAAUACCAGAGAGAUCUACUGGACAGAUUGGGGAACAAACGCAAAAAUCGAACGAGCAAACUAUGAUGGUUCUGACCGAGCGGUUGUCGUCGAUUCCGGACUUGUCUGGCCAAACAGUCUCGUAUUAGAUGAGGACUUGUUGUACUGGUGUGACGCUUCCACUGAUGUAGUAGAGAGAAUAGCGAGGGAUGGCACUGGACGAACUGUUAUCUAUUCUACAGGGCUAAUACACUGUUUUGAUUUUGUCCUUGUGGAUGAUUAUUUCUAUUGCCAAGAUUGGAGAUCACCAACAAUAGUCAAACUUGGGAAGAACGGAACCGACAUUUCUACAUAUGGCCCAGAUAUCAAUGUUUCCAGAUAUGGCAUUGAUCAUUAUCGUAAAGAAGCUGCUGAUGGCAACACAUGUGCAUGUACGACCCGAUAUGUACUUAGCCAUGGCGCUCCGUAACCUUGAUGACACGAUAUCCUGCAACCCGGAUGUAAACGGACAAGCAUUGAUAACUUACUACAGUAAAGCUGGGAUUGUUUUAAUUAGCCACAUUAUUAUACAUCACACAAAAAACAAAUGGAUACUAAUAUGCUUCCCGCCCAGAGCUAUCAUUAUGUGAACAGUGUAUAUCGAGAGAAUAUCAUGGAGCUUGAAGUAAAAAGAUAUGAACAAUGGUAAAGCGGGAGGGCAAGACCACGUUGUAAUAGAGCAUAUUCGGUACGGAGGUGUGCAUCUUUUAAAACAGUAACUCCAUUAUAUUGUAUUGUUAUUGACACUGAAGACUGUCCACCAUGUUUCAAGCAUGGAAUAAUAUAAUCUUUCACCCCUUUUGGGUGAGAUAGGGGGAUCUCAACCCGAGGAGGGGGAUUGUUAAAUUCCCAAACACGAGGCUUGCCGUCGGUUAGAGGAAACCGUACGUCACCACCUUUUACACAAGAAAAAGCAUUUAAUAGUGUCUGAAUCAACGGUCUACUACACAACAUCUUUUUUAAUAGUAACAUUUGGCGCAUACUUUCGAAUCAUUCCAUUUAUGAGUUGUUCUAUUGGUUAUCUGCAGUGCCUCUUUGGCAUGGUUUUUAAAUUUUCACGAAUUUGAUAUUAUACUAUAGUCUCUAAGGAAUACCCAAUAAUAACACUUACGUCAAAUCUGUAUUGUGAUGAGAACAUCAAAACGUCGUCUGCCAAAGGAAGACCCGUACUGAAUUAACUGAUAAGUGAGUGUAUUCACAGUGGAGGAGUGAAUCCACUACUAAACAGCUGCAAACUGAUAGGAACUUAGUGAAGACACGAAUUAUCUAUGCAUAAGAACUUUAAAACACAACAUUCACGCGGAGAGAAAGUAUGUGUGGAAAGCUCUUUGCAAUUCUAUUGUGUCCUCUUUCGUAUUCGGUGACACUAUUACUCAAAACAGACAGUUUCAUACAUGGCAUAUCCAUAACUGCGAAACUUGAGAGUUUAACUAUGUUGCUGAACGAUGUGUGUAACGGUUUCUGUCCAUCAUGUUCAUCAUGGAGGAACGUCGCUAGGAAGAUUAUCGACACAUUUUACUUUAAAUAGUGGCAAGACACGAUGGUUUGUUUAGAAAUAUUACGUAUCAUUCUAUUUAUACUAACUUCUCUAAUAUACAUGGAAACCUAGAAAUUGUCUUACUGUUACGAAAGAGACACUUUGUUAUGUAGACGUUAUUAAAAGAGACUGGUGAUAUUACUUUACAAUUCCUUAUCCAGUGCCCGUCGCUCUUCAUAAGUUGCGAUCAAUUGUUAUUAUUUUUAGUUAAUUUCUUACGUAUCAGGCUACAAAGUAUUAAAAUUUGAACACCACGACAGGUACAGUCAAUUCAUACUCGGUAGCUCAACGGAUAUUCAACUGAAUUGAGACAGGUGGGUCCUACUGAUGAUGAACAUAUCCUUUAAUACCUGUAAUGAUAUCAGAUAUGCCUACUUUACCAUGAUCAAGAGAUCAACACUUUACUGUGAUUAAGAAAUGAACACUUUACUAUGGUUAUGUAUAUAUUCUUCGCUUGAUGUUAACACAAGAUAAGGCACGAUGCAUGUAAAGUGUCUAAUAGUCUGUCUAUACAUUGUUUUCAUUUAUUAUGUGUAUGCAUUGUCGAUUCAUGUACAGUUUAACAUGCUUAAUUGCUAAUCCCUAAAUAUAUAUCGUACUUAUAAUGCGUAACUACUCAGAAAACCCCUGGAUAAAAAGCAUUAUUAAUUUCUUUCAUUGUUAAGUAAACAUACCCAUGGCAUGUGAAUUUAUAGAUGUACACAUGUUAGUUCAGAAUUAAAUCAUAACAUGGUUCUCUGGAUAUAGAUCCAAUAGUUUAAUACUGUAGAAUAUAAGUGCAUGAUUAUGAUAUGUUUAUCUAUUAUUAUGUAAAUGUUAUAUGCUGAAUUGGUGGUACUAUUUUCUUGCAUGAAUGCCCCACAAUUUUCGGCUUUAUGAGUCGUUGGCAAGCUAGUCCAAGCUAGUAGUAACGACAUUACAUGGAGGGUUUUAAAAAUAUUUCGUUGUACAAAAGCAUACAAAAAGGAUCAGAUAGUAGCUGGCUUAUCCUAUAUAAAUCAUCUCCGGAUAUAAUUAUAUGUAAAUAGAUCAUUUAAGAUAUAAAUACAUUUUGUAGAUUGAACAAAUUACAGCAGAUGGAAUAAUGAGAUGUCAUAUUUGUACUUAUAGGGAAUUACCGGUUAAAUAGCGUUUAUAACUUCAUGUACAUUUGCAAUAUAUGAGAAUCCAAAAGUAGAUUUGAUAUACAAGACAGUUAAAAAUUUAGCUUAUUCUAUAUGCAUCGAAAAUACCAAUCCAAGAAAUAUCUUUUCUCUUAUAUCUAGCUUUAUUUUUGAUGAAACGAAAAGAGUUAUAUCCCCUGUUCGAUAAGUCUUUUUUUUAUCUGAUUUGAUCUUAUUGGGUGUUAAGACCCUAUCUAUGGAUCUGCGUUCAUUUGGUUGGUCAGUUGCUUGAAAGGGGUCCAAAGGGUUAAAAAUUGACAAAGACUAUAUUUUUUUUAACUUAUACCCUCUACCUCCGUCUGUCGUUAUUAUAGCUUGUUUUUAUUGUUAAAUAGCGCAUGUAUUUGGUAUGUGUUUUGGCGGUUUUUGAGUAUCCACAAGCACCUCUAUAUGGCAUCACCCGGGUGAGUUAGAGUCACAGUUGAGCAGACGACAAAACUGUUGUUAUGAAGAUAUUCUUAGAUCCAGUCCGCAGUAGUUCCCGCCUUGAGAUGCAUCGUCUGCUCCGUUGUACAAACAUGUAUAUUCUUCAUUUUAAAAAUAAAGUGUGAUUCAUUUGCUUUGAUAUUGAAUAUCAUAUUUUGCUUGUAAUAAUAAACUAUGCGGGAUAAUCAGAUGGA